UUGACUCUCGUGAAUACACUGGCCAGUGUCCUCGGGUGAAGCGAGCCAUUGUGCGAAUGCGGUCGAGGCGACCAGAAAAGGGCUUGGUUCUUCCAGCGUAACAGCGCGAGCUGCGAUUGGAGCGCAGAGGACAGCGACUGCGAGCAGCGAGUAGACGUGCUUGUAAGGACGAGCGAUAGCGGAGGCAGGCACCGACUCAGACUGGCACCAUUGCGGUACUGUCGCCAAGAUACACGGCUUUCGGCGCAUAUUAGGUUGAAGCAAGUAAAAUACCUCCUUUUGGGAAAGACCGAGGAGGAGAAAAUGGCCCUUACGGUGCUAUGUAUUUUAGUGACUCUAAUGUCCAUCUGCGGUUGGGGAAACGUCGAGGCCUUGGCGAUGAGUGAGGUGAACGGUCCGGGCCCCCUAGUGGCCGAGCCCCAGAUUGCCAUGUUCUGCGGCAGGCAGAUCCUGCACAUGAACCCGGAGAACGGGCAGUGGGAGCCGGACCCCCAGGGCCGCCAGGGCUGCUUCAACGACCCCGGCCAGAUCCUGUCCUACUGCCAGGAGAUGUACCCCACCUUGCAGAUCUCCCGUGUGGAGGAGUCCUCCAGCCCCGUCACCAUCCCAGCCUGGUGCAAGAAGGGCUGGCACCACUGCCAGAUCCGGCCCUUCAUCGUCCUGCCGUACCGCUGCCUGGUUGGAGAGUAUGUGAGCGAGGCCCUGCUGGUGACAGAUCGCUGCCGGUUCCUGCACCAGGAGCAGAUGGACGCCUGUGAGAGUCACGUCUACUGGCACAACAUCGCCAAAGAGGCCUGUACAGCUGACAGCCUGGAGCUCCAUAGCUACGGGAUGCUGUUGCCGUGCGGAGACAAGUUUCGGGGCGUGGAGUACGUCUGCUGCCCAGGCAGGGGGGGCUCCGGCGCCAGGGGAGACGCUGACGUCGGGGACGGGCCCCAGGGGGGCGCCCAAACCCUCGCCCCGCUGGCCGACGCCAAAGCCAGCGCCGGCACCAAGGUGACGCCCCCUACCCCGAGCCCCUCCCCGGACACCGAUGCGGAGGAGGCCGAGAUCGCCGAAGAAGAGGAAGAGGUUGAGGAGGAGGAGGAAGAUGAGGAGGAAGAGGAGGAGGAAGAAGGAGCGAAAGACGCGGAAGAGUACGAGUACUCCAUCGACUCUGGCCCCUACCAGGCCUCUGACUACCUGGACUCCUUCUACUACGAGAAGGGGGCCCAGACCAGCCGCAGCCCCCCCACGCCCCCUCCCCAAACCCGGGGGGACAGCCUGCCUACACCUCGUCCAACAGACGGGGUUGACGUUUAUUUCGAGAUGCCAGGCGAAGACAGCGAGCAUGCCAAUUUCCUGCGUGCCAAGAUGGACUUGGAGGAACGGCGAAUGAAGCGCAUUAACGAGAUCAUGAAAGAGUGGGCGGAGGCGGACAACCAGUCCAAAAACCUGCCGAAAUCGGACCGCCAGGCCCUCAACGAGCACUUCCAGUCCGUGCUGCAGACCCUGGAGGAGCAGGUGGCCGGGGAGCGGCAGAGGCUUGUGGAGACGCACCUGGCCCGGGUGGUGGCCACACUCAACAACAACCGCAGGCUGGCGCUGGAGAGCUACCUGACAGCUGUCGAGUGACCAGGUGAGGAGCCGGAGCCGGAGCGCGUGCUGCAGGCCCUGAAGCGCUACAUGGCGGCCGAGCAGAAGGACCGCAGGCACACGCUCAGGCACUACCAGCACAUCCAGGCCGUCGACCCCCAGAAGGCCCAGCAGAUGAAGUUCCAGGUGUACACUCACCUGCACGUGAUCGAGGAGAGGAUGAACCAGAGCCUGGGUUUGCUCUACAAGGUCCCUGACCUGGCUGAGGAGCUCCACCAGGAGAUCCAGGAGCUGGUGAAAGGGGAGAGGGGGGACAUCAGCGAGCUCAUGACCACCUCCUUCUCGGAGACGCGCACCACGGAGGAGCUGCUGCCGGCCGAGAGCGAGGAGGAGAAGGACGACGAGGAAGAGGAGGAGCGGGCCUUCCAGAACCGGCCCUACCCGCCCCGCAUCGAUUCUCAGCCCAACAGUAAGAAAGGUCCUGGGAUAGACGAGUAUGACUAUGCCACCGCGGAAUAUGAAGAAAAGUUGAACACUUCUGUGGAACUCAAGCAGGUGGUGUACAAGUCCCCGGGAAUCCAAAGAGAUGAACUGCAACCGGACGCCUUGGAGACGUUCAACCGCGGCGCCAUGGUGGGGCUGCUGGUGGUCGCCGUGGCGAUCGCCAUGGUGAUGGUGAUCAGCCUGCUGCUGGUUCGUCGGAAGCCGUACGGCACCAUCAGCCACGGCAUUGUGGAGCAGGUCGAUCCCAUGCUGACCCCUGAGGAGAGGCAGCUGAACAAGAUGCAGAACCACGGCUAUGAAAACCCCACCUACAAAUUCUUUGAGCAAAUGAACUGAGGAGAGAAGGGCGGGGCCUCUGGGUCGAGGUCCUCUCUCUCUUUUUCCCACUUUAGGGAAUGCCCCCCCCCCACCCCCCCUCCUCUCACUUCCAUGAGGCCAACAUCAAAAUUGUAAGGAAAACAGUAACCCCCUGUCCCCCACUUCUCAAAACCCCUGCCAACACCCUGACCAUUUUCAGAUGAACCUAGGGGUAGAAGUCAUUUCUUCCCAUGUUUAUUUUAAGGAAUUCCAUGUUCUGUUUCAUACACGAGGGUUUGGGGUGGGGCUAAGUAACUGACGGAAAGAGCCUUUUUAGUAGAAUUCCCUGAUUUGCCAUGCUGUUAAUAAUGGAAUUUAUGUUUUAAAUGAUGUAUUGUUUUGUUGUUGGUGACAUAUAGAAAUAUUUAAUUUUGUAUUUUAGAGUAUACUAUUGAUGUUGGUUUAAUUAUUUUAUUAUGAUGUAGCUGAAAAUUACAUUAUUUUUUCAAUUCAGAUAAAUAUUGUUACGUGAGUUGAGGAGAAUUCAGUUCUAGCAAUCUAUGCCCGCUGGGCACCCAUUGUCCCUGGUAAAGACUGAAGUUUAGAACUGCUAAGAACCACUGUGACCCCCUAGCAUACAGAAUUUGUGAGCAGUUGGUGUAAAAAUGGGAUGCUAACCCCGUGUUUAGCCGUAAGAUAUGAAUGGGAAGGUCCGGGGUGACGUGGCCAUUUUGCUCAGUCUGUGUGCAAAAGCAUCGGUCCCACAACAGAACUGACCUGACAGGCCAAGCGCUAAAAAGUUAUCUUUAAGUGAAGACCCCGAAUGAGUGUCAUUUUACUGGCACACAGGCACGUACACACACACACACACACACACACACACACACACACAGGCACGUACACACACACACACGCGCGAGCACGAACACGAACACACACACACACACGCGCGCGUGAGCACGAACACACACACACACACAGGAACGUACACACACACACACACACACACAGGCACGCGCAUGAGCACGAACACACACACACACACACGUACACACACACAUGCGAGCACACACACAUAGCCACACACACGUAGACACUUAUAUUUAUCAUUUAUUUAUUGAAUUCAUUUAUAAAAGGUGUUUUUAUUGAUUUGUAUUUGGAAAGACAAAGAAAAAAAUCCUAUAUUAGCAUAAUGGAGUGGGGGGUUCAUAAAACCUUUCGAUAGAUUUUCAGAUUUAUUGAGUCAAACUCACAAAAAUCUUUCACUCAGGCAGCGACAUGUCAAAAAAUAAUAUGCUGUAGCUGCCCACUGCAAACGUUUAUUUUGUUCAUUGUGUCACUGAGGAAACCCUAUGGCUCAGUAUUGAAUAACUGUUAAUUGUACCACUACUGAAAAAUAUCGAAUAAUAAUCAGAAAUCCUUUAUUUUAAAGAACGCAUGCAAAGUUGGUGUAUGACGCUGCCGUAUUUGUGUUGUUCCUGUUUUUGCUUUUGAUAAAAUUGAAAUGUUGCUGUUUAAAUUGACAGUGUAGAUACAAAACAACUCAAAUUGGAAAAAUGUAACCUUUUCAUUUUUACUUUGCAUCAAUGCAAGUGUGGGGGGGGAAAAAAAACAUCUUAUCUUGUGCUGCUGAGAGGAAGAGAACAUAUUUAAAACAUGGCUGAUCGCAAACGGACUGUUGUUAAAAAAAUAAAUAAAUAAAAACCAGCACAAGACGACAAUAGUUACUUCUGACUGAAUGUAUUUUCAGUAGACAUUUAGAACUAACUUCCUUUCAAAUGUGCACCACUGUUGUUAGUAAUCCUUUUCACAAAAAGCAACACGGUUAAAUUAGGAAACUCAUUGUAUUAAUUUGUUUAUAUCUUUACCGUGGUGCCACACCACUUGUUUGCGUCUGUUUUUUUGGGUCUGAUGGACAUCUACAAAGACAGUGAAAUAUGUAUGUGCACAUUGUCGAAUUCUGGUGCAUAUUUGAAGUGAAUUCAGCAAACGAAGGAAAGGUUGUGUUUAUCUUGGCGGGACGGGCUGAGUGAACAGAGGUGUAGCAAGUUUGGAAACCUGGGGCCACAGUAGGUGCUGUAGCCUAGCAUAGGUGACGCAUAAGUGAAGUAAACAAAAAAAAAGAAAAAAAGAAAAAAAAAUGUGUAUUUUUUAGAUGUUAACUGUUAAACACAUCUUAAUUCUGGCACGCUGUAGCUCAGUAUGUCUUAAUGCGUUUUUGUGUGCCGUCAGUUAGUUUGAAAUGACAUCCAUUGAAAAUAUUAGCUGCAAUGAUGUGGAAUGUUUUUUGUCUACUAUAGAUACUACCUUUUCAAUUUAUAAUCCCCUCAUUGGGGAAAUUGGUUACAUAUUGACACGGCUAAACUUGAGUCUGUCAUAAUUACUAUUAGUAAUAUUUUGUUUUUGUAAAUAAGAAUCAGUCGUACAGGUCCAUUGUAAGCUAUCCUGAGAGGGCUUUAAACAUUUUUAAGAAUUUGUGUUUAUCUUCUACGCUUGUGUGAAAAGACAGAAAUACAGGUGAUGUUGGCUAUCAAUGUAGUGUUUUGCAUUUAAAUCUGACCAAACCUAAUCAACCUCUGCUUUACCACUGCACCCUUAAUAUGACAGACUCACCAACAGCAGACCGAUCUUCGUAAAAUUAUGAUCAGAUAAAAUAAUUAUCCUUCACACCUAGCUUUGUUCUCUGCUUUUGUAUGAUUUGUUCAAACGCUGCUGUAAUGUGCCAGCUUAAUAGCAGACAAUUCACUGAUUACAAACCUGCAAGCGAUAGAGAGGUUGUUGGUAAUUGUAUGAUGUUGUACAGCUUAGACAGUGGACAUAUGGACGUGUCUUACCAUAUUUCAUCUUGACCAUGUACUGGUAUUUGGACAGAAAAUGUUCAAUAACCACAGGAGAGUGUUGGCAGUUUGUCCACAUUGCCCCCAGAAGUUAGUUUCUCUCCAGCAUUUGGCUUGGUAGAAUGGUGCAUGUUUUGAGUUGCCAAUUUCAAAUGACGUUUUUGAGUUCUUGUGUUUGCCCCUGGUGUGAAAGAAAACAAUUGUGUUAAAAUUUGUAUUUUAAUUGCCUAUUGUUGUUGUUGCUUAUUCUCAUGCUGUAUUUCAGAGGUUACGAUUAUCCAUUUGUUAUUUAUCAGACCGUGUCAAUGGGCUUGGGUGUCACGCUGUUUCUUUGAAAUGGUGAUAAGUUUGUUUAAAAUUCCCGACAUGACCCCCAAUAGGGGAGAACCAGACUGUAGCAUGACCAAUCAACCACCAUGUGUAGAUGCACAGUACCAAGAAACCAAAUAAUAUUAUUUUUGGCAGGAAGACUGGUUCUUAGAAUUGGCAUGAACUACAGUUUCACCAUCAUUCCAGCUCAUAGCAUUAUAAGCUGACUAGAACCAUGUCAAAACUACCUAGUAAGUUGAUAUGUCAGUUCACAAUUUGACCAAAGAUUUGCUCGUGAAAAUAUUGGAAAAAGUCUGUCUAAUUUGCCUGAUUUUGUUGAACAUGUCCAAGUGUAUGAUAUGAGCCAGCCAUCUGAGAUAAUAAACGUAUUUAUUGAUUUGAAAUAGUAAUAAAAUGACAAAUGACAAACGAA